UAAACCUGAAUCAGAGCAAGCUGUUCCAGAUGAUAAUCUGAAUGAUAAUUUAAUGGUGGAAGAUAAAGAAAUUUGCAUCACCUGCAAUGUCAAUACUAGCCCUGGAACCAGUGAGGUUAUUAUUUACACGGUGCUGUACUUGAAACUUAGAAGAGACCCGAAUUCACAAGAAGAAAACCCUGAGAUUCAUGCUGGAAGGAUACUGGAUAUCAUGAGCUCUGGGAGGUAUGUGAAGAUGGAGAGAGAUCUGUGGAGUGAAUUUUUAUCAAAAUCUAAGGGGGACUUGAGAGAUCUCAUUUUCAUGAAGCCACUGCACAUAAGGAUAGAAUUGCAUAGUUUGGAUCAUCCAAAGGCUGAAAAUGAGAGAGAUAUCAUCUUGACAGACUCAUCUAUCCAGGUAAAAGUAUCACUCAAUUGACAGUAGGUAGAUUCAAGAGCGAUGGCGCAAACCUCUCGCUCUCUCUCCCCCCCUUCUCUUCCCUGGGGUAUUGCUUUUUUUGUGUGUCUGUGAUCACUAGUUAGCGUUUUGAUCCAGAGGUGUAA